UGAAGAUCCCAUACUUUCUUGCAUGCACACACAACGCGUCUCCACAUUUUCACAUUCCCUCUCUCCCUUCAACAAAAAUCACUAACCCCAAUGGCUAUACUCUGGUUAACACCACUAACGGCACUGUUACUGUUAGCCGUUACAUCCACCGUUAACUCAUGCCAACCAUCAGAACUCGCAGCUCUACAAGCCUUCAGGUCAUCACUCCGUGAGCCUCACGACGGCGUAUUCAACUCAUGGACCGGCACAAACUGCUGCCACAACUGGUUCGGGGUCUCCUGCGACGAAAACACUGGUCGUGUCGCCGACAUAAACCUCCGUGCCGGUUCUAUCUACACCACCUUCGAGAAAGCUCACACCCCUGGCUACAUGACCGGUCACAUUUCGCCGGAGAUUUGUAAACUAACUCAACUCUCAAGCAUUUCAAUCACCGAUUGGAAUGGAAUCUCCGGCGAGAUCCCGAGUUGUAUAACCUCCCUUGCUUUUCUUCGAAUUAUUGACCUUACCGGAAACCAAAUCUCCGGCACUCUUCCCUCCGACAUCGGAAAACUCCGACAUCUGAGUCGCUUAAGUGUCGCCGAUAACGUCAUCACCGGCUAUAUCCCGCGAUCGUUGAGCAAUGUGACCGGUUUGACUCAUCUUGACCUCCGUAACAACCGGAUCUCAGGAUCCAUCCCAAUGAACUUCGGUAACCUUCAGAAUUUAGGCCGGGCUUUAUUAAGUGGUAAUAAGUUAAGCGGGCCUAUCCCGGGCUCAAUUUCUCGAAUUUACCGUCUUUCAGAUCUUGACCUGUCCCGAAACCAAUUAAAUGGGCCCAUUCCAGAGUCAUUGGGCCGAAUGUCCGUUUUAGGAACACUUAAAUUGGAUACGAACAAGCUUUCGGGAUAUAUUUCAAAGAGUUUUUUGGUUUCGGGAAUAAGUGACUUAGACUUUAGCCAUAACAUGUUGGAGGGUAAUAUACCCGAUGCAUUUGGGGCUAAGUCUUAUUUUACGUCACUUGAUUUUUCAUAUAAUAACCUCAAGGGUCCAAUACCUAAAUCCAUAUCUAAUGCUUCUUACAUUGGUUACAUGGAUUUGAGUCAUAAUCAUCUAUGCGGUCCGAUUCCUAGUGGUCAAGUCUUUGAUCAUCUUGAUGCGUCGUCGUUUGAGUACAAUGAUUGCCUUUGUGGAAAGCCCCUCAAAGCUUGCAAAAUUCAUUAAUCAUUCUCCUCAAUGUUUCUCAUUUGUUAUUCGUAAUUUUCCCCCUUUUUUUAAUGUAUUUUUCAUUUUGUUGUAAAAUAAAGUAUAAUUUUCAAUUUGUACCAA